AUGAUCAUUCGUCAAAAUAAUAAUAGACUAGCCGAUUGUGGUAGUUCAAUUUAUUUGGAAACUGAUCCAGUACUGACACCUUUGUUAGACACAAAAACGAACGAAUAUUGGCUUUUUCACGGCUGUAGUCGAAAUAAUUUAUAUCACUUAUUACAUAGCGGCUAUGAUCCCCGUGUUUCCAAUUUGAAUGGUUUGUUUGGAGGUGGUUUCUAUUUGGCUGAGAAUUCUUCAAAAUCAAAUAAAUAUAUUCCUUGUCCUGGAUGCGGUCAAAACUGUGUAGGUGGUUCUAUGGGAUGCAGUUGUGCAGAUCAAGAAGAUCUCGAGUUUUCAAUGGUUUUGUACCGUGCUGCAUUAGGUGAUGUGCAUAUUGCCCUGAAGUAUGAUAGAAAGAAAUACAGUCAUGAUCCUACUAAGCAACUUAUUCGUCGUCCCCCUAAGAAAGCAAAUGGUAAAGAUUUGUAUGAUUCAGUGAUGGGUGAAUGUAUGAAAUAUGGUGGUGACCGAUUACAGCACCGUGAAUUCAUUCUAUAUGAUUCAGGACAAGCAUAUCCCGAAUAUGUUAUUUAUUUUCGACGUUCAGCUACAAAUCUACGUCGCCCAAUAAACAUAAAAAAUUUGAAAAAGAAAUGUCAAGAAUUUCUUAGUUAA